ACCUGAAAAUUUGGCGCCGUUGCGUUGUAAUCAGACACAGGAGCGUCCAGUAGAGAGAUAAUUACAGAAAUGUCUCUCAGUACUGAUGUGUUGUGACAGAUUGUAGCGGUAUAUUUUAAGUUUUUUGUGGGCGGCGUUUUUAUGUUGAUCUGCUGGAGAUGCGGCCCGGGUCGUGUUUGUGUGCUGGCGUCGUUAGCUGACUCCACCGAGGAAACUCUUGACUUAACCCGAUCGGAUUCAGCUUAUUGAACCGCAUAAUAAUCGAUACAAGGCUAAUAUUUACCCUCAGUCAGAAUGAACAGGAACAAGAUGAAGAAAACCAAGGUGACUGCUGGGUUAGUAGGAGGGCAGCGGAACAUCCCUUCAUUCUUUUGCUCCAAAGAUCAAAAGGUUUUGUCAUCAACCAGCAAAGCUGAGCCUCAGAUUAAAGAAAUUAAAUUCAGACUAAGCACUCCUCCUCCGAGGCGGAGCGUCUUCGGCGACCUUGAAAACCUCCUUGCUUCGUCCCCAGACCUCCUCUCUGUCCCAGAGACGCCCAGCAGUCAGAUCAGACCUUCCUGCUCUUCUCCCUCCAGACGGGCCGGUCAGCCGCACUCCGACCCAAACCUUUGCCAGCGGUCGCCCAUCUGUCGCAGCCCCAGCACCAAAAGUAUCACAGUGGGGAAAAUAAUGACUGAGGAGGGAGAAGUAAAUAAGAGUGUAAACAGAUUAUCUGGCCCGUCGAAGCGACUCUUCAGCCCCAAUGAAGAGUCGCACAAUGCAAAGAAAGCAAGAACUGCACCACCAAAAGCUUUGAUUGGCUCCACAGAGACGCCUCUUCUCACUGCCGGCCAAACGGACCUCUCUCUGGGAGGAGACGGGAAACGUCAGCAGCAGCAACAAGAAAAGACAGAUUCAUGUUUUACUGUGAUAACAGAAGUGCAAGGUUCCCUGGAGAAGGACGCCUGCACUCCUGCUGCUCCUUUACCUAAACAAAGUGCUCAAGAGUUGGAGGUGGUCCCAAAAGAGAGGACGGCUGCACGUGAAAUACACGGAGAUGAGAACAACGAGACGCACUGUGAUCAGGAGCAAGGCGGAGUUGCAGCUGAAACUGGACCAGAGUCUACUGGUCCCAGUCAGGACGGCUUUGAGGAGAGCUGGUUUACUGACCAAAUGGAUGAUGAUGAAGCUACAGAGAACGAGUCCAAAAAGCAUCUUAAGGUACCGGAUCACGUGAUCCUUUCUGAGGGACCAAAUAACCGAUAUCUGGUUUUGGACGUUGAGGAGAAACCGGGACACAAAUCACUGACCAUCGCAUGCUGCAGGUCUCUGCUUCCAACCGAGACCUGCCUGCUCAAAGACGGAUGGGAGCUGACCCCCGUCUGCCGCGGUGAUGUGGUUCAUCUGGAGGGCCGCUCUGAAGGCGGGGCCUGGUUGGUCGACAGGGAGCGCGGUUUCCUGGUACUCCAGCCCGACAGCCUCAUCUCAGGGACCAGCAUCUCCAACUCCAUCCGCUGCAUGAGGCGAGCAGUGCUGGGAGAAAUGUUCAAGAGAUUUGAUGGUGGCUCUAAGCAGAUGCUUAAUGGCACCAUGGUGCACGAAGUCUUCCAGAGAGCAGCUUCAGCCAAAGAUUUCUCUCUGCAGAAACUUUCCCAGCUGGCCGAGGAAGCGCUGCGAAAUCACCGUUACCUUGGAGACAUGUAUGCUUUAGGAGUAAGUCAGGAGGAGAUGCAGCAGGAGCUGCAUGAUUACCUCCCAUCACUGGAGCAUUGGGCAAAUGAGUACCUCUGUUCUUCUACCCCAAAACCAAUCGGCUCUAAAAUCAGGUGCCAGGCCCCGCCUGCUGUUUUCACGCUGACGGAGCUGGCGGACAUAGAGGAGAACGUCUGGUCCCCCAGAUUCGGCCUCAAGGGGAAAAUAGACGUGACGGCGAAGGUCCGAAUCCAAAGGUCGCGAAACGGCAGCAGCAGAGUCUGCGAGGAAAAGACCGUCCCACUGGAGCUGAAGACGGGCAGGGAGUCGAACUCCAUCGAGCAUCGCAGUCAGGUGAUCUUGUAUACCCUGAUGAGCAUGGAGAGAUACGGCCCUGAAAUCGGCCUUCUGCUUUACCUGAAGACGGGAAACAUGCACCCAGUAGCGGCCGGCCACAUGGACCACCGAGAGCUGCUGAAGCUGAGGAACUCACUGGUUCAUCACAUUAACCACUUUGUAGAGAAAGGAGCCGAUCGGAGUCGCCUGUCCAGACUUCCUGACAUCCUGACCAACAGGCAGACCUGCCAGUACUGCCCUCAGAAACUAAACUGUGCUUUAUACGAACGGGUGGUGGACUCCACCUCUGCGCAUGUGGGUGAGGACGCCGUGCGAGCCUUUCUGCAGCAGGAGACGAGCCACCUGACCCGUCCACAUCUGGACUACUUCGCUCACUGGCUGCUGCUCUGCAGCUUGGAGGCGUCCACCAUGGAGGCCAAGUGCGGCCGAAAGCGUGUCUGGCUGCAGUCGGUCCUGGAGAGUGAGAAGAGCGGCAGCUGUGUGGGGAACCUGCAGCUCAGCGACUCGGUGACCGCUCAGUCUGAAGGCGUCUUCGUCCACCGUUUCCUGCGCAGCGCGGCCGACUCGCAGCAGGCCGCCAACCACUGCGGCCUGACCAGCGGAGACCGCAUCGUUGUCAGCGACCAAGAGGGUCGUCUCAUCGGCUUGGCAACAGGAUACCUGAAAGGAGUCAACGCCACAUCGGUCAGCUGCACUCUGGACAGGGACCUGUCGAAGUUCAGCGGCGUUUUGUUUCGACUGGACAGCGAUGAAGGAGUGGUGGGCCUCAGCACUCACCUCAGCAAUCUGUCCAGGCUAAUGGAAAACUCUGGCGACAGCGAGCGUCUCAGGGAGCUGGUUGUUGACCUUCGACCUCCAGAGUUUAUCACCAACCUCAGCUCUGUUCUGCCCAGAGAGGCCAAGGACACAGUGGCCAACAUCCUCAAAGGUCUAAACAAACCCCAGAAACAGGCCAUGAAGAAGGUUUUGCUGUCCAAAGACUUUACCCUCAUAGUUGGGAUGCCUGGAACCGGCAAGACAACAACCAUCUGCACACUGGUGCGUAUCCUGCACGCCUGUGGGUUCAGCGUGUUGCUGACCAGCUACACCCACUCUGCUGUGGACAACAUCCUGCUGAAGCUCAAGCGCUUCCGGGUCGGCUUUCUGCGUCUGGGUCAGGGGCAGAAGGUCCAUCCGGAGAUCCUGCCGUUCACAGAGGAGAGUGUGAGGAGGAAGGACGUUCACACGCUCACAGAGCUGCAGCAGCUCUACUGCAAAGAACUGGUUGUUGCGACCACAUGCAUGGGCAUCAAGCAUCCGAUCUUCACACGCCGGCGGUUUGACUUCUGCAUCGUAGACGAGGCGUCGCAGAUCAGCCAGCCCAUCUGUCUGGGUCCGCUUUUCUACGCCGAGCGGUUCGUCCUGGUUGGAGAUCAUCAGCAGCUGCCGCCGAUUGUUCAGAACCAGGAAGCAAGGUCUCUUGGGAUGGAUGAAAGUCUGUUUAAGCGACUUGAGCUCCACGGUGAAGCGGUGGUGCAGCUGAAUGUACAGUACCGGAUGAACAGUCAGAUCAUGUCUCUGAGUAACUCUCUGAUGUACGACGGCCGGCUGGAGUGUGGGUCUGAACGGACGGCCUCGGCUCUGCUCACUCUGCCCUCGCUGGCGUCCGUCCAAUCGGAGGUCACGUCCUGCUCUGAGGCUCGUCCCCAGCUGGACCUGUCCUGGCUGCAGGCCGCGCUGCUGCCCUCCAACCCCGUCUGCUUCCUCGACUGCUCAGCGGUUCCUGCUUUGGAGUCGGUGGAACAGGGAGGAGUGAGCAAUCGCACCGAAGCUGCUCUCAUACACAUGAUGCUUUCUCUCCUCAUAAAGGCUGGGUGUAAACCCAGUGAUGUUGGAGUUAUCGCCCCCUACAGGCAGCAGCUGAAGUGCAUCUCUGCUCUGCUGCAGUCGUCUGCUUUCUGCGGGGUGGAGGUCAACACGGUGGACCGGUACCAGGGACGGGACAAGAGUCUGAUUGUUCUAUCGUUUGUCAGAAGCACUGCAGAGGAAGGAAACUUAGGGGAGCUGCUGAAGGACUGGAGGCGUCUGAAUGUGGCUGUAACCAGAGCCAAACACAAGUUGCUGAUGGUGGGCUCUGCUGCAACGCUGCGGCGCUACCCACCAGUGGAGAAACUGCUCCAACAUCUACUGCAGCAGAACAUGAUCAUCCAGCUCCCCUCAGCUGCUCACAAGGCAUUACCCAGCAUGCUCCUCUGAACCAGCGCGCUCUCAGGGAAGUAGCUGAUGGCUGCAGAAAACGAAAAAACUUACCUGGAUGUUCAUCAGGAGACAUGGAAACGCUAACAGAAAAUGGGAACAAAGCAGACUUUCUUUUCUUUUUUUUUACCUCAAGCUAAAGUAAAUCAUAAAACCUCAGUUGUUAUAUAAAAACAUCAGUACAGUAAUCUUUUUUACUUUACUGCUUCUACUGGAGAUAAAUGUGAAUAAUUACACUGUGAUACUUAAUUUUUAAACCAUUAGUUUUAUUAAAUGCCUCUCAUUAAUGCUCUAAUGAUCCUCUAGGUGUAACUAUUGAUACUGCCACAUUCAUUUCAUUCACAAGCUCAUUAUUUAAAGGUGUCGUUUUAUUUUUCCAUGUUCUGGUGAAUAAUUUCUUGUUUCUGAUGAAACAUUGUGCAGCUCAGACCUGUGAUAGUAAAAUAUCUUUUCAUUUGUUGUAAGUUUUUGUGUUUUACUUUUUUAUUUUAGUUUUGUCUUGCAGCUUUUUGCCUUUUGUGGAAUGUGAAUAAAUAAUGUUUUUUU